ACCAAACUUAGGACCUCACUUCAGAAUCCCCUCGUCGCUGCGUCUCUCUCCCGCAACCUUCGAUUUUCGUUUAUUCGCAUCCAUCGGAGAGAGAAAACAAUCAAUAAGCGACCAUGUUGGUGUACCAAGAUCUUCUCACCGGUGAUGAGCUUCUGUCUGACUCUUUCCCUUACAAGGAGAUUGAGAAUGGAAUCCUCUGGGAAGUAGAAGGAAAGUGGGUUACUGUGGGAGCUGUAGAUGUUAACAUUGGUGCCAAUCCAUCUGCUGAAGAAGGUGGUGAGGAUGAAGGUGUUGAUGACUCUACUCAAAAGGUUGUUGACAUUGUCGACACCUUCAGACUUCAGGAGCAACCAACUUAUGACAAGAAGGGAUUCAUCGCUUACAUUAAGAAAUACAUUAAGCUUUUGACACCCAAGCUCAGCGAAGAAGAUCAAGCUGUCUUCAAGAAGGGUAUUGAGGGAGCUACCAAGUUUUUGCUCCCCAGGCUCAGUGACUUCCAAUUCUUUGUUGGGGAGGGUAUGCAUGAUGACAGCACUUUGGUCUUUGCUUACUACAAGGAGGGUUCAACUAACCCAACAUUUUUGUACUUCGCUCAUGGUUUGAAGGAGGUCAAGUGCUGAGAGAGAAGCUCUCGUUGGGUUACUGUGGUCGGUCGCAGCGACUCUCUAAGUUUAUGUUUCUUUAUAUUGUCCUGUGUUUCGUCGUCGUCCCCUAUUAAAAUUACCUGCCAGUUUACUUUUCUCUCUUCUUGUUUUCUGUGUUGGAAGAUUCUCAAGUUAUUUAUUCCGCAAAAAACGGUUUAUCAUUUACAAUUAGUUGAAUUUUGGUCGUUACUUUUUGUGUUAUUUGGUGUGAUAUCUCUUCAGCUUUGCUUUUCUAAAUUAAACUCCCGAAUCUCGAGGCAUGUUUAUAGUAGAUGUCUAAUAAUUUUGGAUUCAGAUCUUAUGGACGUGAAUAAACGAGUGGGUUACUCUAACUGUUAGUAACUUUAAAUCAUGGAAUAUGCUGUAGA